GGCAUGGAUUCGUUUAACUUAUUAGCUCGUGCAAUUCGCGCAGACUUCAUCAGCUGAAGCCUCUUCAACUGUCUGUACAGGUACAAGGGACGACAGUCUGAUCAGUUGUGGAACGAUCGACAUGGAGGACAAGCAAAGUGAAUGUCAUGCGGACGAAAUUCCCAGAGGAGAAAGAGGAAGCCGUCCCGAAAGCUUGUCACCUGUGUACGCUGACGAGGGAGAAGUCAAGUUGCGAGGCAUCAGCAUACCCGAACAUUAUUCUCAUGACGACAUCUGGUACAAGAUGGAGAAUCUGAACGCAGGAAAAAAGUGUGGAAUAUGUGCCAUCAUAAAAGUUAAGAGUGCUGACACGCAAGAACAAUUGGGAGCUGAAGCAGACGCCAAGACCAUAGAAAGUGUAUUUGAUGGCGUCAUUGGCUUUGACCUUAAAGUUUACGAGGCUUCCACACGAGCAGAUGUCCGCGAAAAGCUCAAAACGUGUAAAGACGAUAUUGACAAGGAUUCAUCGAGAGCAUCAGAUUGCUUCGCCUGCUUUGUGCUGGGUCACGGCAAGGAAGAUAUCACGUUCCCUUUCGGCGGCGAACUGAUUGACCUGGAAUACAUCUACGAACAGUUCAGUAACAAAGUCUGCACGAAGCUUCUUGGGAAACCCAAAUUGUUCUUCUUACACACUUUACGUGGCGGGAAACAGGAAGGCAAAUCUGACUUUGCUGACGGUCCGAGCAAGACUACAAGUGUGCCUUCACAUGCUGAUUUCUUUAUCUUCCAGAGUACCUCGGCAGGUUAUCUUUCGUCUCCGGGUUCAGCUGGUGGUUCUUUAUUCGUCCAGGCGCUCUGUCAAGUCAUCAAAAGAGACUAUCUCACCAAGAAUUUCCCAGAAAUGAUGACACUGGUCCAGUAUUAUGUAACACUGGAAAAGAAACCUGAUGUGACGCUGUACACACUCUCCACGCUCAGGAAAAAUAUUCGGUUUGCAGCUGAAACCCUUUAG